UAAACAAUUGCAAAGAAGAAGAAGAAGAAGAAGACGCUUGGCUGCUGCUGCACGCCGCACAUAAACAUCUUUAUGAUAUAUUGCCCCCCCCCUCUAAGAACAACGGCACCGAAGUCAGACAAACACAAGAUGCCUUUGCCUGUGCAGGUGUUUAACUUCCAGGGGUCUGUGGAGCCCAUGCAGAUUGACGCAGACCCCCAGGAGGACCAGCAGAAUGCUCCAGACACCAACUACAUAGUGGAGAACCCAACACUGGACCUGGAGCAGUAUGCCACCAGCUACAGUGGAUUAAUGCGCAUCGAGAGGCUGCAGUUUAUCGCUGAGCAUUGCCCUCAGCUCCGAGUGGAAGCCCUGAAGAUGGCCCUCACCUUUGUCCAGAGGACCUUUAACGUCGACACUUACGAAGAGAUCCACCGCAAGCUCACAGAAGCCACACGAGAAGUGCAGGGUGUGCCAGACACAGUACCUGAAGGCGGGGUUGCUCCUCCUCCUCUGGACUCAGCCUGGGCUGAGUCCACCAGGAAAAAGGCUCUGCUUAAACUGGAGAAACUGGAUACUGAUCUCAAGAACUAUAAGGGGAACUCCAUUAAAGAGAGCAUCAGGAGAGGCCAUGAUGACUUGGGGGACCAUUAUCUGGACUGUGGCGACCUCAGUAAUGCCCUCAAGUGCUACUCCCGAGCCAGAGACUACUGCACCAGUGCCAAGCACGUCAUCAACAUGUGUCUGAAUGUCAUCAAGGUUAGUGUUUACCUCCAGAACUGGUCCCAUGUAUUGAGCUACGUCAACAAAGCAGAAUCCACGCCAGAGAUAGCAGAGCAAAGAGGAGAGCGUGAUAGCCAAAAUCAAGCAGUCCUCACCAAAUUAAAGUGUGCUGCAGGUCUGGCAGAGUUGGCCUCUCGAAAAUAUAAACCAGCUGCCAAGUGCUUCCUGCAGGCUUCUUUUGACCACUGUGACUGUCCAGAGCUCCUGUCACCCAGUAAUGUAGCUGUGUACGGAGGCCUGUGUGCUUUGGCCACGUUUGACAGACAGGAGCUCCAGCGUAACGUCAUCUCCAGCAGCUCCUUUAAGUUAUUCCUAGAGUUGGAACCUCAGAUCCGCGACAUCAUCUUUAAGUUCUACGAGUCCAAGUACGCGUCCUGUCUCAAGCUCCUGGAUGAAAUGAAGGAUAACCUCCUGUUGGACAUGUACCUGGCCCCACACGUCAAGACACUGUACAGCCAGAUCAGGAACAGAGCCCUCAUUCAGUAUUUCAGCCCCUAUGUGUCAGCAGACAUGACUAAGAUGGCUCAGGCCUUCAACACCACAGUAGCAGCUCUGGAAGAUGAGCUCACCCAGCUCAUACUGGAAGGGCUCAUCAAUGCACGGAUCGACUCCCAUAGCAAGAUCCUGUAUGCGAGAGAUGUGGACCAGAGGAGCACCACGUUUGAGAAGUCGCUCCACAUGGGCAAAGAGUUUCAGAGGCGAGCCAAGGCCAUGAUCCUCCGAGCUGCUGUGCUGCGCAACCAGAUCCACGUCAAGUCUCCCCCCCGAGAGGGCAGCCAGGGUGAACUGACACCGGCCAACAGCCAGACCAGGAUGAGCACAAACAUGUGAAGAAAGUCUGCACGCUAACUCUGCUGACAGCAGCCGCAGACUAGGAGGAGAAGCACCCCCCCCCAAUCGUUCAUCAACACCAACCCCCAACCACCCCACCUUCAGUUUCUCUGCUGAACACAGAAACGACACACACUAUAAAGACUUUAAUGUUCCCAAAUCAUCUCUGUUGCCCCCAUUGUAUGACACGGGGGGGGAAAUCCUUUGUUAGUUUGUGUGUCAGUGUGGAGAUUUUUGGAUGAGAAGAAAAUGUGCUUUGAUGGAAGCUCGGCACUUAAAGCUGUACAUUACUGGUAGGAGAUGCACUUUUCUCUGCUUACACGAUGGAGGCCUCAUUAACCGAAAGAAGGUUAAGAAAUAAAAAUACCUACCACAACACAAACUCACUGCUUGUUUUUAUGCAUUAGCUCUGUUGUCAGUGGAAUAUUCAACCAACAGCUAGAGCGCCAGCGUGUCCACUGUGUAUGUAUGUACAUGUGCUGAAGUUUAAAGUUUAAGCCUGGUUUAAACCUGUGUUGUGUAAUAAAAUCACAUGGUCUGUUGAACCCCACUGCUGUGUCCUCCAAGCUCCACAUCUGCUACUGUGGUUGUAGAAAUCACCUCCGUGUCACAGUGUGUCUGAGAUUUAACUUGAACCUGAUGCAGACCUGGUUUAACAGAGAUUGUAAGACACACACAUAUAUACAUAUUAAAAUCCUCAAACUCAUCUCCUCCUUCUACCUCAUUAAAACCUCCAGAAUCUCUGAAAAUGCAAAAGUUGUUGAUUUCUGAAGUUUUCCUGCUGGACACAAGAUGUCUCCUCCUUCACUGUAAAGUCCAUUCUCAGUGGAUGUGCACUGGUGGCUUCAAGGUUUCUACAUCACACUGUACAAGUUCCAUACUGGACCAGGACUGACUUCCAAACUAUUUGUGAUGUCACAAGUCAUGCUGGUAGGCCCCGCCCCUUAGAAUCAGCUUUUCAUUGAGCACAGAGAAACUUUCCACUUUCAGCAGAUGAAUGUGAAAACAUCCUUCUAGAGUCAAACUGCACAGACAGCAUUCACACAGCACACUGUAGGGACAAGUAGAAACACUGAUUGUUGCCCUUCCAACAAAGGGGGGGUAGGAUAGAGCUGCACCUCAUCAAUAGAAGCUGUUAGGACUAUAUUAAAAUCAUUUUUCAUUUGAUAAGUUUUACAUUUGAAUUCCUGUUUGAAUUCCUGAGUACAACUCGUAACAUAUGAAUAUGGUCAUAGGAGGCCCAUACAAGUACAUGGAAAUGCUGAUGGCAAUUUAGUUUUUUUAAGUAGUUCAGCUUAAUUUCAGUUAGUUUCCAGAGUGGGGUUGCUCGUUUCAGUUUAGUUUUUAUUGUGAGGGAAAGAAUCAGAAUACAGUUCUACUGCCCCUCGAUAUGAAAUAAAUAGUUGAGAUCAAUAAAUGCACAAGUGAUCAAAAUAACACAGGACAUCAUUAGUUGUGGAAUAUUUUAAUUUGAAUCUCUUUCCAGUGCAUAAUACUGUAUACUCAUUAUAAUGUCCUCUGUAAGAUGUCCCUCCUGCAGUUUGUUUAGUUCCCAAAGGCACGUUUGCUUGGUAAUCAUUAAUGUUAGACAAUGUUAGAAAUCACACAUGGAACUACAAACUCUUUCUGCUCUUCUCUUUCUCUCUGUGGGGGUUUAAGUGCACAAACACAAAAUAAAG